AUGUGGAAAUCUUCUCCUUCUUUCUACUUUCUCCCAAUUGUCGCGACCGCCGCCCCAUCCAAGGCGAACACCAUCUACAACCUCGAUUCGGGGCUGGGCAACUUUUUCGCGGCGACCGCUACGCCUGUUACAACCACCGAAUCUGCUCAUCAAGAUGUUGCCGAUGUGGAUUUGGAUAGCAUCAAAGCUUCACAAAAAUUAAUCACCCCGCGCCGACCUGUCUCUAGGCCCGGACGACCUGGUGCUCGAAAGGCCCUAGUGGCGGCCGCCGAACGGCUUCAAGCCAUCGAAGCCGAACCAGUGUUUUGCGAAGAGGACGCGAGAGAUCACCUCAUUAUCGAGAAGAUUCUCGACGACGAUAGGGAUCAGCCGAUCGCAACGAGUGCCAGGCGGGGGCUGCAGUCCAUCGAAAACUUCGACCUCGCCAAGUCGGCGCUGAAACAGGCCGACCCGACGUCACCGUUUCCGGAUCUGAUGCUCAUUCGGAUUAUGGGCGAAAAGCUGAUGGACGUGCGACUUGUCUGUCCAAAGGCCUCCUCCGUACACCAACAUGCUGCCUUUCUGGUGGUCAGCCCCAAUCGGUUGCUCGCCUACAACGGCGCCUACAGUAAUAUCAUCGAAAAGAACAAGGCCGUCCAAAUAUCGAAGGAGAUCCUGCAGAAGAAAGACCUUUUCUGCGCGGCCAAGUCGGCAGAAACGUACGAGGGCGAUGCGCCGGCUUUUUUCAAAGUGCUUGGAGGCGGAUCCCCAAAUGAAGCGUACCUCCGCCCCGCGGAAGCAUUCGAGAAGCUCUCCUCCGAGGUGAACCUCGUACUCCGCGUAACGGAUGACUAUCGUGUUACUACGACCCUAAUCUUCGACUUUGGGUCCGAGAUUUACGUGUGGAGUGGAAGGGACGCGAGGAAGACGAAUGGAAACUACGCCAAGGAGUAUGCGAAGAAAUUGGCCAAAAACGGGUUCAGCUGCCAGGAGGCGAUGUUUGGGUGUGAGAUGCGAGUGGAGCGACCGAAUUGGACGAUUCUACGACACCUUCAUCAGGGCAUCCAAGACAUCCUCUUCUCGUCGAAAUUCUGGGACUGGCAGUCCAGCGAGCUGAAGCACAUGAUGCGAACACCGGUGGUGGUCGAUAAAUAUGCUUGCUUGACACCCCAACGGCGUGAUCCCGAAGACCAAGCGGGAGCUCUGGCUUCACGGCUACGCGCCUCCGAGCACCCAGCACCAAGUCUCAACCUUGAAAACUUCGAUUUUGAGCGCGAAACAAAGGACGUCAUCACCGAAGACAUCCGGUUUUGGAGGUUAAAAGAUGAGGAGCUAGAGGAAAUCGGAAUUCGCCGGCUCAACAACGGCGAGGAGGUCGAGAGGGAGACGGGCAGGGAGCGACUGGCCUAUUUCUAUUGGCUCGGCCGCGAGACGACACCAAAACAGCAGGGUCUGUGCGCCCUGAAGCUGUCCUACAUGGCGCACAACAUGCCGCAUGUUCGGCAGGAACAAGGGGCCGAGCUGCCCGUUUUUCUCGAGCUGUUUUCCGGAAAUCUUGUGAUACGACAACCUGAACAGAAAGAGCUUUUCUUCGUGGUUCGCGGCAGCGCGAAGCCGGAGUGUUCGCUCGAGCAGCUGGCGCAGAUUUGGCCGCUGAGGAGUCACGCAGUGUAUUUGGAAGCCAAGGAAGGCCAACCCGCCCUUCUGCACGUCGGCGCGCAUUGUCAAGAGGUUCACGUCGCAAACGGGCUGAGAAUGGCCGAACUGUUGUCGAUGGAUGGGUUGUGCACAGAGGGCAAGCCCGCCUCACUCCUACAGGGAGACGAUCCGAGGUACGAAUGGGUGAUCGCGAAGGGCAGGACACGGGCACCAAGGCUGUUUAGACUGUACGAUGUUGAUGGCCAUGAAGUUACGUCAAAUCAGUAUCACCCCUCGGCAGUUGCCGCCUUCCCACAUGCACAGACCCAACUCCGCGACACAAUCUUGGUGGACGCCGGCGGAGCACUGUGGGUUUGGUCCGAUGGCACACCAUCGACCCAUUGUCUCGACACGGCAACCAGGUACUGGCACGGUCGCGAGGGGCGAUGCACGGUGGUGGAGAAGAACAACGAGCCGGCCGAGUUCAAGGCCCUCUUCCAGGAGUGGAAUAAUUGGCCGGAAGACGCGGAAAACACUACUCCAGAGGCAAGCCCACCCCGCCCAUUGGCCGAUUGUUUAUCGGAACGUCGGCGAACUUUUACGCCGGCCCAGCUUCGACAACGCGAAUCCCUGCCGGCCGGUCUUGAUCUCAGCCGACUGCAUAAAUAUUUGAACGACGAGGACUUUGGGAAGGAAUUCGGCAUGUCUCCCAAAGACUUUGACGCGCUGCCAGCCUGGAAACAGAACCGGAUGCGGCAAGAAGCAAAGUUAUUC